GUGCUCCAUAUAAAAGACAGUGCAUGGCCAGAGUGCACAUAGUACAGAGAACGUUGGUUCAACAACGUUCAACACAUAAAACAAAUAGGCGAACAAAGGAGCAGAAAGUAUGAAAGUGUUGAUAGCCUUAGCCCUGUUAUCCUUGGCAGCGUUGGCCAACGCCGCAGCCAGGAAACCAUUGCCCGCCCGCUACGACCACUUCAAAGUCUACAGGACAUUUAUCGAGGAUGACGAGCAGCUGGUGGAGUUUAAAAAAGUUCAUCAUACCAUAGAAAUUCAUAUACUGCAUGAUAUUCAAGGACCAAAUCGCAGCUAUGAUGUUAUUGUGGGUCCGUUAUUCCAGCAUGCCUUUGAAAGAAUACUGGAAGAUUUGGAGGUGGACUACAAGAUAAUCGUUGAGGACUUACAGGAGUUACUAGACAGUUCGGCAUAUGAUGAGGAUGCGGAUAUGGACUGGGAAACAUAUCAUCCGUUGGACAAAAUCUACGACUGGGUCGAUGAGCAGUGCGACGCUCAUGAUUUUCUCGAGUGUAAGGUCAUAGGUCACUCAUACGAGGGUCGCCCCAUCAAGAGCGUGCGACUCUCGAAGCGUGAGGGCAACAAGGCCAUUUUCAUUGAGGGCAACAUUCAUGCCAUGGAAUGGAUAUCAUCCGCCACAGUCACCUACAUUCUCAAUCAGCUGAUUAACUCGGACAAUGCUGGUAUGCAGCGCUUGUCCGAGGAGUACGACUGGAUCGUGGUGCCCAUGGUCAAUCCAGAUGGCUUUGUCUACACGCACGAGGUGGAGCGACUGUGGCGCAAGAAUCGCCGUCCCAAUGGCUAUGCGAACGCAACGGGUCCUUGCUAUGGCAUCGACAUGAAUCGCAAUUUCGAUUUCCAUUGGAGCGGCGCUGGCUGGAAUAUUGAAGAUCCGUGUGAUCAUUGGUUUGGCGGCGAUGAGCCAAACACCGAGCGCGAAAUACUCGCUCUACAGGAUUUCGUUAGCUCCUUCGACGAUGGAUACAUUCGUUCGUACAUGGCCUUCCAUGCCUACGGCCAGUAUGUCCUGCUGCCGUACGGUCAUUCGACUACCGAAUUCCCGCCCAAUUACGAUCAAAUGAUGCGCAUUGCUGCCGCCUUUGCGGAUGGUGCCGAGGAUGCAUAUGGCUCUGAAUUUACCUAUGGCGCCAGCGGCUUGUUGAACUAUCCUGUAUCGGGGGCUGCCAAGGACUGGGCGUAUGGUGUUAAGAAUAUUCCAUUCACCUGCACGGUGGAGCUGCGUGAUAAGGGCACAUUCGGUUUCUUUUUGCCAUCCAAUCAAAUUACGGAAGUAGGCGUCGAGGUCACCGAGGGGCUUAAAUCGCUCGUUGACAAAGCAGCCGAUGAAGGCAUUUUCGAUUGAAAUCGGUCAAGUGGAUUGACGGUUGAUGCUGUCAAGUGUUGUCAACAAAAUGCAGCAUUUGAAUUUACUUAUAAUUAAUAAACAAAUACAUACAUAUAUAUUAAUAUGAUGAGCAUUCCAAAUUUAACUAUA